AUGUCCCGAACGUCGCUCGCCAUGCCUCAUCAUGUGCCCAGCACCCCUUUGGCCAAGUACACCCAUCCGCCCGAGACAGGCGAGCAUCUCAGCUACGCAGACCUCAUAACCCUCGACCUCGCCGAGUACGACAAGCCCGGAGGAAAAGAAAAGCUGGCGUCCCAGCUCGGACAAACCGUCCACACCACCGGUUCGCACCUGCCCCCCUCUGGUCGAGGAGGAAUCCCUGACAUAGCAUUAAAAGGCUUCUUCUACAUCACCAACAUCGGCCUCACCCAGGCGCAAAUCGACGAGCAAUUCGCCAUUGCAAAGUCCUUCUUCGCCCUGCCGACGCCCGAAAAGCUCCGGUUCCGCGCCCCGCUCGAGGACGGCAACUACAACGGCUACCGCCCCCUCGGGGCCGUCGAGGUCCUCCCCGGCCUCCGCGACAACCUCGAGUUCUACAGUGUCUUCAAGUUCACGCCGCGCACGCAGCGCAGCGCCCAGCCGCAAGUCAUACGCGAGCACGCCUCCGAGAUCGAGCUCUUCCAGCGGCACAUGCACGAAAACGUGACGCGCAAACUGCUCGCCCUCAUUGCCCUCGCCUUGCAGCUCCCCGCGGACGAGCUGGUCAAGGGGCACCGCUACGACGCCAACUGCGACAGCUCGCUGCGGUACAUGAUGUACCGGGCCAGGUCCGAGGCCGACAACAAAAAGUACAAGGACCUGUACCUGCGCGGACACUCGGACAACGGGACGUUGACGUAUGUCUUCCAGCAGCCCGUUGCGGCGUUGCAGGUGAGGCGCGGCCCGGACUCGGGGUGGGAGUAUCUGCGCGUCCCCGAGGGCAAGGUGGCUGUCAACGUCGCCGACAUCCUGGAGUUCCUUUCCAAUGGGUACAUGAAGAGCGGCAUACACAGGGUCGUCGCGCCGCCGGCCGACCAGGCGUGCGUGGAUCGGCUGGGUGUGCUGUAUUUUGUGCGCCCCAGCGACGACCUGCCCCUGAAGACGCUGGACAGUCCGUUUCUCAGGAGCGUGGGCCAUGGGAAGAAGACCGGGGAGAGUGGUGAUUUGGAUAUCUCGGCGUCGGAGUGGGUGAGGUCGAGGGUCAAGAAGAACUGGAAGGGGGCCGUGACGGAGGGCGUUGAUACUAGGGAAGGGUUUUUGACAAAGGUGUUUUACGCAUGA